AAAUUAAGAUUUUUUUAAUUCUGUCUUGCUGAUUUUUUUAAAUACAAGAAACCAGUUUUUGCUAAAGAAAUCUGUCAAAAAUGAUGCAUCCUGUUGCCAGCAGUAAUCCAGCAUUCUGUGGCCCUGGCAAGCCUUCCUGUCUGAAUGAAGAUGCCAUGAGAGCUGCUGACCAGUUUGACAUAUAUUCCUCCCAGCAAAGCAAAUACAGCCACACAGUCAGCCACAAACCAAUGGUUUGUCAGAGGCAAGACCCAUUAAAUGAAACACAUUUGCAGACGACAAGUGGCAGAAGCAUAGAGAUAAAAGAUGAACUAAAGAAAAAGAAAAAUCUCAACCGAUCUGGUAAGCGUGGCCGGCCCUCGGGAACCACCAAAUCAGCAGGAUACCGGACCAGCACAGGCAGACCCCUGGGAACUACCAAAGCGGCUGGAUUUAAGACAAGUCCAGGCAGACCCUUGGGUACAACUAAAGCUGCGGGAUACAAAGUCAGCCCAGGGAGACCUCCAGGUAGCAUUAAAGCUCUAUCCCGUCUUGCCGAUCUUGGUUAUGGCUGUGGUACUGCUGCUUUUCCUUACCCUAUGAUGCAUGGCAGAGCAGUUCAUGGGGUAGAGGAAACCAGCAGUGAAGUCAAGCCACCCAACGAGUGAGUGAAGCAGGAAGGAGGGCCAGGUUUAGAUUAGAAGGAGAUUGUGAAUAAUCCCAAAGCUUCUUGGUUUGAUUUUGACAUAAAUAAUUUUAUAGCCUGGGCUUUCUGAAUUUGUUUUUCUGUUUGAGUUUUGCCCCCUGCUUUUGCUCAGAAGCUGCCAUAUGCUUUCAGAUGCACUCAGGGCAUGAGCAGUGGCAUUGUAUUUGUACAUAAAUUCAAGCAUAAUACCUAACUAAAUCAUUUUUACUUUUCCUUAUGACUGUAUCUUACGUUUCAUUACUAUUUGGGGGUCAUUCUUAAUAGAUGCUUUAUGUACUAAACAACUGAAACCAUUAUACAAAUUACUUUGUGAGGUAAGCCUGCAAUAUAAAGAUACUCUCUAAGGUAUUUUUAACUGAUGGAGCAAAAAAGCAAAUUUAAGUGAUUCAGGAUUACUUGAAGGUAAUGGCUGUGUGUUUUCACAUUUUCAUGAGAUUGGACACAGCUGUUUGUAUGCUUUGCAAUUUACUCGGAUGUCAGAUGUUAAAAACUUAGUUUUAGUGUUCUGAGUUUAAGUAGCUUAUUGAUCUACAUGGCAUUAAUUGAUUUAACCAUUAUUCUUAAAAGAAUUCUUUAGGGUUUGCCUUUCAGCAGGCAAUAGGUUAUAUAUUUUUAAAUUACCUAUGAGCAUAUAUACCAAACACUACAAACAGUUCAUAUUUACAAAAAAUAAACUCUUAUAAAAACCUGCACAUUACAUUUUUUUGUGAAAUACAGUGCAUUCUGAGAAUAGCACAUUUAAUAGAAAAAGAAACAUUCUUAAGGUUUGCGUGUAGCUACAGUCAUUAAUUUUUGCCUAUCAUAUACUUAGUUUUAAAGUAUUAUGUUAAAAACAUUUGUUGGUGUGCUCAUUUAUUUGGAAUGUUUUAGUUUUUCUGAGAAAUUGUCCCAUUGCAUUAACACUUAAUUUCAGGUUUAUAUCUGCCAAAGGACACAAAUGGAGUGCUAGACUGUAAAACUGAUGUAAACAGUAUGCAAUUUCCUAACUCCUGGAACCCAAAUACUGAUGUUGGAAUCCAUCUAUGCAUCAAAUAUGUAAAAAAGUUUUUGGUUAGUCUGAUUAAAAAACUUCUGUGGCUCUCGGGGACCACUUCAUCCAAACAAAAUUUUCCCCCCGAUAAUACUUUAAAUAGAAAAGAGAAAAAUGAGUAUUGGGCAGAUACAUACACUAGAGACAGAAAUCUCUUUCUUCCUGAAAGUAAUAUUUCUUGUUAAUGUUUUAUUCUGAGUUCUAAAACAUAUUAUAAAUUUAAGAUUUGAAAAAUUUCACUGAACUUUAAAGUUAAAAUGUUUGUACAUGUGAUGUUAAAUGCCUUUGAGAUUAAAAUGUAAUUUUGCUGGACCCAAAACUUUUAAAAUAAUUAAAAGUUUAAAAGGGCACAUACUGUGUUGGUUGGGCUUGCUCUCAGUUAAUACAAACUCUGCAAAUGGAUGUCAUGUUUCGUACCUUUUUUAUCAGGAAAAAAGCAGCAAGCCUUCAGGUGUUCCAGUGAUGCCUGACACAAUGAGCUGGACUUUAUGCUGCUCUUUACAGUAAGAGGUGUUGCAUUAUAUGUGGGGACUGUGUGCGCACUGGCAUCUAAGCCAUGACCUCAACAGUAUUAGCUUUGCACAAACCAUAGUGAACAAUGUUGGAUAACUAUAUAAUCACUUGUAACAUUCUGGCAGCUAAAAUGCUACAAGUUUCUUCUUGCAGAAGCUUAGACUAUAUAAAAAACAAUAAUUUCUCAAAACAGUAUAACUUCUGACACACACAAAUGCUUGCAUCUUUUUCGUGUGUUCAUCUAUCUACUUUUCUUCUGUAUCUGUCAUUUAGCUGUUUCUAAAGAUGAUGUUCAGCAGUUGGCUGCUUAGGAAUCCUUUCUAGUUCUUAAAGACAGUUGUUUAAUUAAUCUACCAUAGAAUAACACCAUUGUCAAGAAUUUGGUUGCAUGUUUUACAGUAAGUUCAUUUGUCAUUGCCCUUUCAUUUGUGAUUUUGUUAAACAUACCCUUCCUAUUGCUUACCUGCCCUUUCCUGCAUUCAUUCUCUUCCUGUCUCCCCCACCCUCCAGCACAUCUACUCAGUGGUGCUGUGCUGUGUGUCAGAAGAUAAAGCAGGUGUAUUAUUGUAUAAUAAAUUUUGUAUACAUGUUUAUGAAAUGGUGAACUAAAGGAGAUGUGCUCAUCACAGUGUUUAUUAUCAGAAGGAAAGGGAGGACAAAUGGCUACAAUUGCAAUGGGUAACAUUGUUUAGAAAGCUGAAUUUACUGUUCAUAUGAGCAGUUACCUGGAAUAUUAGAUUUAUACACUGGUGAACAUCUCCUAAUUCCACUUAACUUUUCUCCAUGUGAACAGUUUACUGGUGCCAUGCUGAAGAGAAAAACAUAUAAGUGAUAAUAUGAAUGAAGUCUUAAAAUGCAAAGUAUUUUUACUUCUAUAUAAUCUGAAGACUAUAUUGUGCAUCUUUUGUAACACUGUCUCUUGUCAUGAUAAACACUGAAAUAGCAUGUUGAACAGUUGCUUAUACUUUAAUCAGUUGGGGAAAACUGGCCUUUUCCCUGCAUUGUAUGAUUGUUCCUUAAAAGGCAAAUCGCUAAUUUUAUACUGUGUAAUUCUGUUCUUCACAAAAUAGGUUUCACUAUUCUAUAUAAAAACUGUUGGGGCAGAAAAUGAUCUGCUAUUCAAGUAAGUUUGCUUUACUUUUUCUUUAAAAAGUAUCUUAACAUGCCUUAUUUAUUGUUACCAUAUUAACAAAUAGGGUAAUACAGGUGAAAUUUUCAUUUUUUGACAGAUAUAACCUUAUAUACUACUCUUUAAUAGGGGGAUGAUUUUGAUACUAUCUUUGGAGUUUUGCACUGGGUAUUAAAAAUAUACUGGCACAAUGUAUUGCAAGAAAAUAAGUAGUAUCUAUUAAUUUUUAAUAUUCGAGGACAUUUUUUAAAUCAGUGUUUCAAUUAGACUAAAAAGUCUAUUUUUUAUUUACUUUUUGAAGAAACCUCUGUCAAAGUAUUAUUUGUUCCAAAACAGUGUUUCUGUGAAUUUACAUAUAUACUUUUAUGAAAUAAAAAUUGUGUUUCUUUCACUUAAGGAGAAAAUAUGGAUCCAUUUUUUUAAGUUAAGGGUGAUACAUCCAGUGUAAGAAUUAACUACUGUGUAUGAGGUAAAAUAAGUAAAUAAAUGAACUUCUUUAUAUUCUAAGAUGCUUUAAAAAAAAGUUCAGGGGAUAUUAUAACUGUUACUCUGUCAGUCAUUGUCUCUAUAUGCAGUCAACUUCUAUGAUCCUUUUAUA